CAACAGUCACAUGAUUUCAUGUACGUUUUAUAAAUAAGGAUAGAAACGAGAGGACACAGCACACUUAUUGAACGGUUUGAGUAUUUCAGCAAAGACUUAAUUUUACGACAGUGUAUUGGGGUAGACAGUCUUGAAGAAUCGUUUUUUCUUCCUUUGUCCAGUUAUUUAAAAUACUGCUCUGAGAAGGCAAGAUGUUUUCCUCACUAGGAUGGGUAACAGCUUUUGUGGCGGGAUUGUUUUCCGUGCACGUUGUACAGAAACUAUGCUUUCCCUACUUUUGGAAGGAUGCAUUUUAUUUGGCGAGAGUCAUAAGAUUCGGGGCUCAAUUGGAAUUAUUCAAAUUAACCUCAAAAGUAUUCACUGUCAUGGACAGAUUUGUCGAACAGACAGAAAGAAUCCCUGACAAACCUUUUUUAAUUUUUGAGGGGAUAACUUACACCUAUCAAGACAUCAACUUAAGAAGCAACAAAGUGGCUAAUGUAUUCCUCGAACAAGGAACUCUGAAGAAAGGAGAUUGUGUUGCGCUACUGAUGAACAACGAACCCGACUUUGUGUGCGUUUGGUUCGGGUUGAACAAACUCGGAUGCUCUGUGGCUUUCCUCAACACUAACAUAAAGUCAAGAUCAUUACUUCACUGUUUCAAUUGCUGUGGGACAAAGACUCUUGUUGUUGGCGCAGACCUGUUGGACACUCUAGAGGACAUCUUACCCAGCCUUCGGGAGGACAACAUAUCUGUGUGGGCCAUGAAGAGGGAGAGUUUAUGCAUGGAUGUCCAGACUCUGUUGGACAAGAUGGAGCAGGCCUCUGACAAGCCAAUCCUACCAAGCCUGAGGUCUGUGUCCUCCCUUAAGACCGCCAUUCUCUACAUUUUUACCUCUGGUACCACUGGUCUGCCCAAGGCUGCAAUAAUUACCCACAUCCAGUCAUUGAAGGCAGCUGCAGGGUUUUGGGCUUACGGAGCAACCAAAAAUGAUGUGGUUUACACCCCACUCCCUCUCUACCAUAGUGCUGCUUCGAUGAUUGGCAUCGGAGGGACCAUUUUGCUGGGUGCUACAUGUGUCCUGAAAAAGAAAUUCUCAGCCUCACAAUUCUGGAGUGACUGUAGGAAUUAUGAUGUAACUAUCUUUCAGUAUAUCGGUGAGCUUUGCCGAUACCUCUGCAACCAGCCCGAGGUCGAGGGAGAAAAAGUUCACAAGGUGCAUAUGGGAGUGGGAAACGGGCUACGACAGGAUGUGUGGCGGGAGUUUCAUCGGCGCUUUGGUGAAGUCCGCAUGUGUGAGCUCUAUGGUUCCACCGAGGGCAACCUGUGCUUCAUGAACCAUAUUGGCAAGAUCGGAGUGGUGGGACGUUCCAACUUCUUUUAUAAACUUAUUUUCAAGUAUGAUUUGGUGAAAUACGACAUAAUCAAAGAUGAGCCAGUGCAUGACAAGCAGGGAUUUUGUCAACAUGUGAAAAAGGGUGACACAGGCCUUCUCCUGUCCAAGGUGGGUCCCACCAGCCCAUUCUUUGGCUAUGCAGGGAGCAAGCAGCUGACUGAGAAGAAGCUGAUGAGGAAUGUGUUUGUGAAAGGAGAUGCUUACUUCAACACAGGGGACCUGAUGGCUGAAGAUGAUGAGGACUUCAUCUGUUUCAAGGACCGAGUGGGGGACACGUUUAGGUGGAAGGGGGAAAAUGUGGCAACCACAGAGGUGACAGAAGUACUUGGACUGGUGGACUUUAUCCAGGAGGCCAAUGUUUACGGAGUUGAAAUUCCAGGAAAUGAGGGAAGAGCUGGAAUGGCAGCCAUUAUUGUGAGGCGCAACUGCACGUUUGAUGGGAAGAGGUUAUUCGACUAUGCUCUGAAGCAUUUACCUGCAUAUGCUCGUCCACUAUUCAUCAGGAUUCAGGAAUCAAUGGAAAUGACUGGUACCUUUAAGCAGCAGAAAUUCCGACUAGUGGAGGCUGGCUUCAACCCUUCAACAUUCUCUGAUCUUCUCUAUUUCUUGGAUUACUCUGAGAAGUCCUACAUUCCACUCACUGACUCCAUCUAUGAGAGUAUUCUGGCAGGUGAAUGGAAACUGUAGCUGCCUGUCUAUAAACAAAAAAGGAUUGGUUCACCAAGAAGGCUACGUGAUUGUGCUGUAAAGAAGAGCAGCUGUAAAUUGGGUGUUCUCAUCUAUAGCGUUGUACAUUUGAUAAGCAACAAAAACUGUGAACCCAUUAUUAAAGGCUCAUCGAAUCAUUUAUGAAGGUGUACUCUUAUAGAAAUACCUGGCAUCAACACAGUAUUGAUAAAUAAUUAAUUUGAAGUUAAUGUUGACCUGAAAGGAACAAUAAAAGAUCUAAUGUCCUCAUGAGCAUGAGCACGGUGGAACACAUCUUGAAUUAGCCUUAUGUGAUUUGUAAAACCUCAGUGAAAGCUGACCGGGGUGUCUGUUUCCCACAUGUCCAUUCUCAAACCCGUCCAGUUAAAAACAUCAAACUGACCUGGAGUGGUGAACAAUGAUAAUCAGCACUUUGACUGUCAGUCUCAGAAUCUAAUGUGACUCAAGAGUGGCCUUUCCUAAUUCUCACUAAAUAUUUCAGCAACUGUAGAGCUUUUAUACUUGACAUAUUGAAGUAAAAUAUAUGUUGUUACUACAACUAGAUAAACUUAUGAACAUCAACAUAAUGUUGAUAAUGAAAUAACCACACCACUUUAUAAAUACACUUGACAUAAUUGAAAGUCAAAUGGGUGUUCUUGAAUCAAAGUUUGGCUAUUAGGUACCCUCCAGUUUUUCAAUUAUUUUUAGUUACACUUUUAGUAAAAACAAUAAUGGAUGUAUGUAUAUUCAAAUUAUGUUUUCCGUAUCAGUAAUCAGUAAUGUAAUUUCCAUCUUUUCUCACUUUAACAGUAGAAGGAAACAAAACAAUUUUAUUGUGCCAACCGACAGUUACAGUAUAAGGCUGGCCAACAAUACACUAAGAACAAGAUUAUUGAUUAAGUAUAUAUCAACAUAAAUCUUCCCUGUGAUGAACACUGUCAAAUUCAGUUUUACAUAUACUGUAAAUAUUUGGCCAGUGCCAGUUAUAGUUAAUAGAAACACAUCACAAGGAAUCUGUGACCGAAUCUUGCGCUUGGUGUGUUAAAAAUAGGGACUGAUUGAAUAAUAAGUUUCUUAGUUAUUCAUUGUUAAUAUAAACAGUUGAUUGUUUUCUUGCUAUUGUAUCUGUCUUGCCAAUUUUUGUAAACAAUAUGUAGUUUACAAUGUAAACACAUGUUGAUAGCACUGUGAAAGUCUAGUCAUAAAUUUUUUGGCUACGAUUAUAAUUCCUUAGUACUGAAAAUAGUAAUGAACUGGUUAUGAAGUUGUGUUGCUUACCGUUGAAGACGUUAAGUAAAAAAGAAUUACCAUUUUGUUCUAGCAACCUCCUUCCAUUGUUUCAUCUUUCGACACCUUUUUUAACAGUUGUGGAAAUAUGUUCUAUAUCUUGCCAAAUUUUGUUCAAUGGCAUUUCUGUUCAUUAGUAUUUUAUUGUCAUUUCUUUCUCGUGCAAUUGUACAAAUUUCUAAAAUAAUUCUUCCUACUGAACCAAUACUAUACUCCUGUGUUGUUGCCAUAAAUGUUUAUAUAUAGUUUCUAUACUCAGCUACUGAAGUUGAGUAAAAAGCACAUUCCAGUUAUUGAUUCUCAGGGUACUUUUAUUAUAUGCAUUGUCUGUACACUGGGAAGACUGCUGAUGUCAUGAGAUAUUAUCCCACUGCAAUCCAAACAACAUAUUGCACAGGAAUCUCAAGUUUUAUCAAAAGUUUGGCGUGAGAGAUUUGAGAGAGAGAUUGUGUACCUUUGUUGUUGCUUAAUUUAUUGCAAAGCCUUCAGUGUUGUAACUAGUCCAACCAAUAACAGGAACUUGUGGAUAUACAACAUGAAAAAAUAAAUGUUUCUGACAUUA